AUGGCUGGCAUCGAGAAACAACCCAUCGGCAUGGAGCGUCUGAGCGCUGUUUCCAGUAUGCACCACAACGAAGAGAAGUCAUCCUAUGCCAACCACAACACCCCUGCAAAACGGGUAUUGUCCAACGUGGAAAAUGGAGCAUUGCGAGAGGGUACACCGCUUACGCUGCUGUCCGUUGAGUGCAUCGGACUGCUGGCCCAAUACGCAGGGGUUGGAUUCCUCACGGGUAUCAUUCCCGGUGUCAUCUAUCCUGUGCUCCAGGGGUACCUCAAUGCUGAAGGAACCACUGUCGUGUCCGCGACUGUGCUCGUGCAGAUUCCAUGGUGUUACAAAAUGUUCUUUGGCGUGAUCAGUGACUGUUUCCCGGUCAUGGGCUACCGCCGUCGUCCGUACAUGGUCAUUGGCUGGGUGUUUUGUGUCGCGGUUCUUUUGGUCAUGGCAGCGAUGGACAUCCCUGAUCCAUACUACGGCGACGCUGCAAUGCACUUCAUCAACGAGGACAAGUGGACUCUGGACCAAAUCGCAAGCAUUAAUGCGCAUGCCCCGAAUUCUGCGGCCAAGUACGUGGUGCCUAUGAUGCUCGCUUCGUUUGGCUACCUCUUGUGUGAAGUGGCGGCUGAUGCCAUGGUUGUCGAGUACGCGCAGCGCGAGCCCAUCGAGCAGCGUGGACGAGUUCAGACAGCCGUGUACACUGUCAAGACGUUGUUUACUGCAGUAGGCGCGGCCGUGAUCGCUUUCUUAAUGAACGGAGAAGAGUAUGCCGGCUCAUUCAGUUUUGCACUCUCGUUCCAGCAGCUGAUGAUGAUCACAGGCAUCGUUUGUGCGCCCUUGGUUCCGGUUUCGUGGUUUUUGCUGGAUGAAGAGCGCGUUACCGAUAAACCGUCGGUUGGCAAGUACAUAUCGUCUUUUUGGACGUUGCUCCAGAAGCGCGCUAUUUAUCAGAUCGUGGCGUACAAGUUCUUCUCCGGCGUUUUGAACAGCUUCAACAUCGUGUCCUCAAGUAACAUUAAGCUGUACUGGGUUCAUGCAACUCCUUUCAACAACAGUUUCAUGACCAUUGUGGGCACAGUCUUCUAUGCCAUCACCCUGACAUUAACGGGCAAGUAUGGACUUGACUGGAACUGGCGGACGAUUAUUAUCGUCACCAUGUGCGGUGCUCUGUCCAUUGAUGCGUUCAUGACAAUGUUCACUGUGUGGGAUGUGGUGCGAAACCAAUGGUUCUGGCUUGGUGUGCCCAUGAUUGAGUAUCUGCCCGACGGUGUCCGCUUCAUGAUUGCCACCUAUGUCGUGGUAGAGUUGGCUGAACCCGGGUAUGAAGGUGCAUUGUAUGGCUUACUGACUGCAACGACUAACCUCACGGCACCUUUCGGUCGCUCCAUGGCCAAGCUGGUGAAUGCUCAAUUCCAUGUUUGGCUGAAAGACAUUCAGGCCGACACGACGUUGGUGCGUCGUGACGUGACAAUCACCAUCUGGAUCUGCUAUUGCAUGAAGUUGCUGUCGCUGGCACUUUUGCCGCUGCUGCCUCGCCAAAAGGCUGAGACGCAGGAACUGAAGCGUACAGGUGGUUCCAGUCGCGUUAUGGGGAUCAUCACUGUAGGGUACUUGUCAUUUGCCAUUGUCUGGGCGACAUUGGUAAACCUCCUGUCGAUGUACACGACUACGAUGUGCUGGAAAAUAACGGGUGGGUGUGCACCAAAGUCGUGA